AUGACGAUGCCGAAAGAGUUUAUGAAAAACAUCAUCGACUCGGUGGUGCAAACGCGAGAAAAAGUGGAACAGAAAACCAAUAAAAUCUCAAAAUCAAUGGACGAGAGUUUACACUCCAUAUCGUUCCAAAUAGGGAAAACCAUAGACGUGUGUCGAGAGAGUUCGACUGAAAUGAAAAUGGAAGCUGAAUUGAAAGCGAGUGAAAUAGCGGAAGAGAUGAAGAAGAAGGAAGAUUUGUUUUUUAAAUCGUUCACGCAACAGAUUAAAGAAGUCAUAGAGUCGUAUCCGACGGCGAGCGCAAUCGCGGGUGGAUCUGUAGUUUUACUCGCGUUACCACCAACCAGACGCUUAUUAUGGAGAAGCACAAUUGGUAGAUUUGAGUCCGAGGAGCAAGCGUUUGCAAAGUUGACGAGAAGAGCGCAGACGUUGAAAGACGGCGCGGCGUCCGCGGACGUCGCGUUGAAGGGAUUUUCCCAAGAGACUCAACUCGCAAUCGCGGAGAUGAAUUCAGGCGUAGCAAAGUUAAAAGCGUUGGGAAGUUCGUUGAGCAAAGCAGAGAAAGGUACGGAGAAGUCGUUAGCUGGAGUGGAGGAAGUUUUAGGCGAGUUGCGAACGUCGCCGAGUACCGACGCGAUAGCGCUGAGAAGCGAGUUAGGAGUCGUGCAAGCGACGUUGGAGAGGCAACGAAGAGACGCGAUGCGAGAGUUGAAGAGGAUUUAUAAGCAAGGCAUAGAAAUAUAA